CUAUGAUUUUACCAUUUUAUUGCAGACUUGUCGGAAGUCUGUGGAAGAAGUGAAUAAUUUUCAUAGGAUUUCCAAAAUGGGACAUAAAGUACUCGCCAUAUUCUUCACCUUAAUCUGUGCACCAGGUCUUUAUGCAGUGUUCCUGAUUCCAUCAAAAAACCCUGUGGCUGUUGGGACCAAUGUAACUAUACGUGCGAAUGACACUGGGAUCAUAACAAUUGGUGUCUGGUUACAUGGACCUAGUACAUUGUUCAUAUGGUACCCAGGGGGCAUUCUUCCGGGAACUAGCCUCCAAAAUGGAACAGCAUUUGACAGUUCUACAUAUCAACUCACCUUAUCGUCAGUAACGCUGAUGAGUUCUGGCCUGUAUGUAUUAGAAUCAUUAGGGCCGAUCAAAACACGAGCAGAGAUUACAUUAGAUGUUCAGGAACCUGUCAGUAAUGUAACCGCAUUUGUAAGCAUGACAAACCUGGUGGAAUUUAACGACAACGUGACCUUCACCUGCACCGCCGUCAGCGGAAACCCGCUGUGGUUUUCAUGGCAGAACGGAAGCUCUACCGUCACAGCGGGAGGAAGAGUUGACCUCAGGAACGGUGGACGAGAGCUCUUCAUCAAUGGUGUGAUGCGCUACGACGAAGGACCGUUCAAGUGUCUUGUGGAAAACAACAUCAGCAAAGCAAUGUCUAAUCAAAUGAAUCUAAACAUAAGCUAUGGGCCCAGUAACAUUGCAGUGACAGCCUCACCAGAGAAAGUGGCAUAUAUUUCUGGUUCAGACAUUUUUCUGUCAUGUUCUGCUGACUCUAAACCGGCAGCUUCUUUCUACUGGAUGUACAACGGCAAUAAUCUGAAUGUCUCUGGUUCAAGUUAUAACCUUAGAAACACAACUUCUAACAUAAGUGGCCAGUACACUUGUGUUGCCAAAAAUGCAGCCACGCUCCGUUCUGUUGCAGUGAUAAAACAAAUUAAAAUAGUUGAUCCAAUAUUGUCAGUGACAGUGAAUCCAGCGGGCUCCCCAGUGGAAGGCAAUGUUUUUAAUCUAAGCUGUAAUGUUGUGGGGCCAGUGGACUCCAUUCAUUGGAUGAAGAAUGGAAUAUACCUGGAUGGCCCAAACAACACAGCAGCCUCUGGUCCACAUAUAGCAGAAGUGGGAUCCAGCGUGACCUUCAGCUGUUCCUCAGUCUCUCGUCCUCAAAGUCAAUACAGCUGGUAUUUCAAUGGCUUAAGUGUGAAAAAUGGUUCAGUGUAUGUGACUGCACCUCUCUCAAAAACCGGCAGCGGAGAGUACACCUGCAUGGCCUUCAAUAGCAUAACAGGCAGAAGCAGCAGUUCCUCUGUGACAUUAGCUGUAUAUGUUCCUGUCAGCAAUGUUACGGUGAAUAGGAACAAUCAGCAACCAAUCUUCAAUCAGCCAUUCACACUAACCUGCACUGCCAGUGGAGAUGUUAAAAACAUUCAGUGGAUGAAGAACGGCACAAAAAUAUACAGCGACAACAGAAUCAAUUUCACCGCAAACAACUCGGUUUUGAACUUCAACCCACUCACUCUAAGCGAUAAUGGGCUGUAUCAAUGUCUAGCUAGUACUGCUGUCAACAACAUGACCAGUGCGGCCUAUGACCUCCAGGUCUUCUAUGGUCCAAGGGACACAACCAUCGCUGGACCAAUUGUAGGAGCUAUUGGACGUAAUGUGACCUUCAGCUGUUCUGCUGAUUCUAACCCAGCAAGUCGAUACAGUUGGUUUUUAAACAGCACAAAGGUGGGAGAGGGUCCAGUGUUAACUAGAGCUCUCUCUCUGGAUAGUGGUGGACGCUACACAUGCAUCGCCUCCAAUGAUAUCACAGGCAGCAUCAGCAAUGUAUCACUGAAGUUAACUUUAAUGUAUCCAGUCAGCAAUGUGAUUGUAAAUGCAGGCAACCAGCCACCAGUAUUCAGUCAGCCAUUUACUCUGACCUGCACUGCCUCAGGAGAUGUUGAACACAUUCAGUGGAUGAAGAACAGCAUGUUCCUUCAUCCUCGCAAUGGAAUCACUUUCUCCACUGACAACUCGACCUUGAGUUUCCAAAGUCUAAAUCUCAAUGAUGAUGGAUAUUAUCAGUGUGAAGCAAAUAACGCUGUCAGCCUCAUGACUAGCCUUGUCUAUGACCUGAAGGUCAACUAUGGUCCAUGGAACACGACAGUUGUUGGCCCAAGCAUGGAAGAGAUGGGGUCCAAUGUGACUUUCAGCUGUUCUGCAACCUCUCGUCCUAGUCAGUAUAGCUGGUUCUACAACAAUUCAAAGGUAGGAGAUGGUCCAGUGUUUGUGAAUGCAGCUCUCUCACUGACGAGUAGUGGACGCUACACCUGCAUGGCCUACAAUAACAUCACAGGCAGCAGCAGCAAUGCAUCACUGGAGUUCACUGUAAUAGAAGCCAUUGUGACAGUGGACAUCACCUCCAAUAAUCCUAUUCCUCUGGCUUCCCAAAGCCUGCAACUCACCUGUAACGUGAAGGGAGCCUACAACAGACUCCACUGGCUUCGAAACAACCAGUAUUUCCAGCCAUCAGACAGAGUCAAGUUUUCAGCAGAUAACACCACUGUGACUUUCAAAGCCUUGCAGACUGCUGAUGAUGGGAGAUACCAGUGCGUCGCUUCGAACGCAGUGAGACCGCAUUUCAGUCAACCAUACGAUCUUGCGGUCAUCUUUGGACCAGAGAGUGUGACGAUCUCUGUACGCCCUGGGAUUCCUCCUGUCCUGACAUGUCAAGCACUGUCUCGGCCACCAGCUGUUUAUAAAUGGAUCCUCGAAAACAAUGCAGUAGUUGGAAAUUAUUCUUCCAUAGUGCUUCCCGUAAACUCUAUCUUUGGCAGCAAUUACACCUGUGUGGCCAAAAACCCAUUGACCAAUGUGACACUCUACAUGACCCACAUCCUCAAUUAUCCUGAUGCUGCUGUCAGUGUCCAGGCGAGUGUGAUGUUGACGGCUCUGCUCGUUCUGCUGAUCCCAGUGCUGGAUGAAUGGCUCUAAUACUGAUAUUGCUGUGAACAUGCCAGCUGUCUUUGAGGCCGGAAUGAGACUUGUGGGUACAUUUAUCACUUAAAAGCAGCAAGAAAGAAAUCGCACUGGCAAGAUCAUUCAGCCCAGAUUAGUGGAGCUGCUUCUUAAUUUUAAAACAUAUUUAAACAUCAUGUAAAGACAGAUAUGAGCAUUUAUUAACCAAACACACUUUUGGCAAGUACAAAGUAAAAAAAAAAAGGAUUACAUCUUAACAGUCAUACAUUUUAAUUAAUAAUACUAUAUCACUAGCCUAUAUAUUUAUCUUCUAAAAGCUAUAUCUUUCGUACAUUUAUUACUAUCAUUAAUUGGACAGUAAUUUAAGACAUGGAUGCUAUACUAUAAUUAAAUCUGCUGAAAUGAAUAAACUCUGGAUUAUUUUCUGACUUGUAGCUCUGGUUUUAUGUCUCUAUUACUAAUAUACACCAAAUUCAGGCAAAUAAUACCCGAAUUACCAAUUAUCCAAAUUACUUGUUUGCAUCCGAAAUGUUUAUUUAUCUCACAAUAGUAAGAUAUUUUCUUAUAGAAAUAUUAAAUGCCUUCUGUGUGAUUAUUUGAAAUGUUUUACACUUUAUUUAUAUACCAAAUAAAAGUACACUAUUCAAAUUAA